AGUCCAGCUGCUGAUAAACCUCUUCCAGCCUGCUCGUGCCUGGUUUGGCUGCAGCAUUCAGCACCAGUGAGUUGAUCAGAGCUGCAGACCCUGGCUGUCCAGGGUGAGCUGACCUUCUCCUGCAGUGAUGACAUGCAUGCAUUACCUGAGGGCUGAUGCUGCAACCAGUUUCUUGAGAGCUGCAAGAUCUGGGAAUCUGGACAAAGCCUUGGAUCACCUCAGGAAUGGGGUAGAUAUUAACACCUGUAACCAGAAUGGGCUGAACGCCUUGCACCUGGCCUCCAAGGAGGGCCAUGUGAAAAUGGUGGUGGAGCUGCUGCACAAGGAGAUCGUUUUGGAGACAACGACCAAGAAGGGAAACACAGCCCUGCACAUCGCUGCCCUGGCUGGACAGCAGGACGUGGUCCGGGAGCUGGUGAACUAUGGGGCCAACGUCAAUGCGCAGUCCCAGAAAGGCUUCACACCUCUCUACAUGGCAGCGCAGGAGAACCACCUGGAAGUUGUGAAGUUCUUGCUGGAAAAUGGAGCCAACCAGAAUGUAGCCACAGAGGAUGGCUUCACCCCGCUAGCUGUGGCUCUCCAGCAAGGACAUGAGAAUGUGGUUGCCCACCUUAUCAACUAUGGGACAAAGGGUAAGGUCCGCCUGCCUGCCCUGCACAUUGCAGCCCGCAAUGACGACACGCGCACAGCUGCUGUGCUGCUGCAGAAUGACCCCAAUGCUGAUGUCCUCUCCAAGACUGGAUUCACCCCUUUGCACAUUGCAGCCCACUAUGAGAAUCUCAGUGUGGCCCAAUUACUGCUGAACCGUGGAGCCAGUGUCAACUUCACACCCCAGAAUGGGAUCACCCCCCUGCACAUAGCUUCCCGCCGGGGCAACAUCAUCAUGGUGCGGCUGCUGCUGGACCGGGGGGCCCAGAUAGAGACAAGGACCAAGGACGAGCUGACCCCUCUGCACUGUGCAGCACGCAACGGACAUGUGAGAAUUGCAGAGAUCCUCCUGGACCACGGGGCUCCCAUUCAAGCCAAAACCAAGAACGGCCUGUCGCCCAUCCACAUGGCAGCCCAGGGUGACCACCUGGACUGCGUGCGCCUGCUGCUGCAGUACAGCGCGGACAUCGACGACAUCACCCUGGACCACCUGACGCCGCUGCACGUGGCCGCCCACUGCGGCCACCACCGCGUGGCCAAGCUGCUGGUGGAGAAGGGGGCCAAGCCCAACUCCCGAGCCCUGAACGGCUUCACGCCCCUCCACAUUGCCUGCAAGAAAAACCACAUCCGCGUGAUGGAGCUGCUGCUGAAGACAGGAGCCUCCAUUGAUGCUGUCACAGAGUCUGGCCUGACCCCCCUGCAUGUGGCUGCCUUCAUGGGACACCUGCCUAUCGUCAAGACUCUGCUGCAGCGUGGAGCCUCUCCUAAUGUGUCCAACGUGAAAGUAGAGACUCCUCUACACAUGGCAGCCAGAGCUGGGCACACAGAUGUGGCAAAGUACCUGCUGCAGAACAAAGCCAAAGCCAAUGCCAAGGCCAAGGAUGACCAGACUCCUCUGCACUGUGCUGCCCGCAUCGGCCACACCGGCAUGGUCAAACUCCUUUUGGAGAACAACGCCAACCCCAACCUGGCCACCACAGCAGGGCACACGCCCCUGCACAUCACUGCCAGAGAGGGGCACAUGGACACAGCCCUGGCCCUGCUGGAGAAGGGAGCCUCACAGACCUGCAUGACCAAGAAAGGAUUUACCCCUCUCCACGUUGCAGCCAAGUAUGGAAAGGUGGAUGUGGCAGAGUUGCUAUUGGCACAUGACGCUCACCCCAAUGCAGCGGGGAAGAAUGGCCUGACUCCACUGCAUGUGGCUGUGCACCACAACAACCUGGAGAUUGUCAGGCUGCUGCUUCCCAAGGGGAGCUCCCCACACAACUCGGCCUGGAAUGGGUACACCCCCCUGCACAUCGCUGCCAAGCAGAACCAGAUGGAAGUGGCCAGCAGCCUGCUGCAGUAUGGGGCCUCUGCGAACGCUGAGUCCAUGCAGGGAGUCACUCCCCUGCACCUGGCUUCCCAGGAGGGGCAUGCAGACAUGGUGGCACUGCUUUUCUCCAAACAAGCCAAUGGCAACCUAGGCAACAAGAGUGGCCUGACUCCUCUCCACCUUGUGGCCCAAGAGGGGCACGUGCUGGUUGCUGAUGUUCUGGUGAAACAUGGAGUCACAGUGGAUGCAGUGACCAGGAUGGGCUAUACCCCUCUGCACGUGGCCAGCCAUUAUGGGAACAUCAAGCUGGUGAAGUUUUUGCUGCAGCACCAAGCGGAUGUCAACGCCAAGACCAAGCUGGGCUACACCCCCCUGCACCAAGCAGCACAGCAGGGCCACACGGACGUGGUGACGCUGCUGCUGAAGCAUGGCGCGUCCCCCAACGAGAUCAGCACGAACGGCACCACUCCCCUGGCCAUCGCAAAGAGGCUUGGCUACAUUUCCGUCACGGACGUGCUCAAGAUUGUCACAGAGGAAAUCGACAUCCCGUCCGUUGGCGACAAGCACCGCAUGAGCUUCCCAGAGACUGUAGAUGAGAUUCUGGACGUAUCAGAGGAUGAAGGCACUGCUCAUGUCACAGUAAUGGAGGAAGAGCUGAUUGCACCAAAGCCCAAGACACCUGAUCUCAGAGAGCAGGAAGGCAAAAGAGAGAUACUGGAGUUCAUGACCACAACGACACUGGAGCAAACGGUGGAGUCUCCAGCUGUCCUGCAGGUCCCCUGCAUCCCACCUGAAACUGUGGUGACCAGAGCUGAGGAGACUGAGCAGGUAGGACCUGUGGAGACAGAAGCUGAGCAAGUCAGCCUGCUGCAUGCACCCUCGGUGUCCCCACAGGAGCCCUCCAAAGAGUUCGACGAGGACUCUCUGAUCCCCAGCAGCCCUGCCACUGAGACCUCAGACAACAUCAGUCCCGUGGCCAGCCCCGUGCACACAGGGUUCCUGGUGAGCUUCAUGGUGGAUGCUCGUGGUGGCUCCAUGCGGGGCAGCCGGCACCACGGUCUGCGUGUGGUCAUCCCGCCCCGCGCAUGUGCUGCACCCACCCGCAUUACCUGCCGCCUGGUGAAGCCCCAAAAGCUGCCUGCACCCCCACCACUGGCUGAGGAGGAGGGUCUGGGCAGUCGGAUCAUUGCUCUGGGGCCUGCUGGUGCCCAGUUCCUCAGCCCUGUCAUUGUGGAGAUUCCCCACUUUGCCUCGUAUGGGCGCGGGGACCGCGAGCUGGUGGUGCUGCGCAGCGAGAACGGCUCCGUGUGGAAGGAGCACCGCAACCGCUACGAGGAGAGCUACAUGGACCAGCUGCUCAACGGCAUGGACGAGGAGCUGGAGAGCCAGGAGGAGCUGGACAAGAAGAGGGUCUGCCGCAUCAUCACCACCGACUUCCCUCUCUACUUCGUGGUCAUGUCCCGGAUUUGCCAGGACUGCGAUAUGAUUGGCCCUGAGGGAGGGUGUUUGAAAAGCACACUGGUGCCCAUGGUGCAGGCCACCUUCCCAGACACUGCUGUCACCAAAAGAGUGAGGCUGGCCCUGCAGGCACAGCCUGUGCCUGAUGAGCUGGUGACCAAGCUGCUGGGGAACCAAGCGACCUUCAGCCCCAUUGUCACCGUGGAGCCACGACGGAGGAAGUUCCACCGCCCCAUCGGCCUCCGGAUCCCGCUGCCACCCUCCUGGAAGGACAAUCCCCGGGACAGUGGUGAGGGUGACACCACCAGCCUGCGUCUGCUCUGCAGUGUCAUCGGAGGGACAGCCCAAGCCCAGUGGGAAGACAUAACAGGCACCACAAAGCUAGUCUAUGAAAAUGAGUGUGCUAACUUUACCACCAAUGUGUCUGCCAGGUUCUGGCUGGCAGACUGCCCACGCACAGCUGAGGCCGUGCACUUUGCCACCAUGCUGUACAAGGAGCUGACAGCCGUGCCCUACAUGGCCAAAUUCGUGGUGUUUGCCAAGAUGAACGAUGCGCGGGAAGGCCGGCUGCGCUGCUACUGCAUGACUGAUGACAAGGUUGACAAGACUUUAGAGCAGCAUGAGAACUUCACCGAGGUGGCCCGCAGCAGGGACAUUGAGGUGGUGGAGGGAAUGCCUUUGCACGUGGAACUCUCAGGGAACCUGGUGCCUGUCAAGAAGGCCGCUCAGCCCCGCACCUUCCUCUUCCAGUCCUUCCGCGAGAAUCGUCUCGUCAUUCCCAUCAAGGUGCGGGACAGCAGCCGGGAAGCCAGUGGCUCCCUGUCUUUCUUGCGCAAGGCCAUGAAAUACGAGGACCUCCAGCACGUGCUCUGCCACCUGAACAUCAGCAUACCGCCCUGCACCAAGGGAAGUGGCAGUGAUGAGCGAAGGAGGACGCUGACACCACUGUCCCUGCGGGAACGAUACAGCAUCCUCAGUGAGACCAGUUUUGGCUCUCUGAGCAGCACUGACAAGGCAGACCAGAAGAUGGUCGACAUAGCAGAGCAGCUGGGCCUCAGCUGGGCUGAGCUGGCACGUGAGCUGCAGUUUGGGGUGGAUGACAUCAACAGGAUACGUGUGGAGAACCCCAACUCCCUUCUGGAGCAGAGCAUAGCCUUACUCAACCUCUGGGCCAGCCGUGAGGGCAAGGAUGUCAAGAUUGAGAACCUGUACACGGCGCUGAGGAACAUCGACCGCAGCGAGAUUGUCAACAUGCUGGAGGGCUCCGGCCGGCAGAGCCGCAGCCUGAAGGGAAGCUGGCGCUACACAGACAGAGACUACUCCCUCUCACCAUCCCAGAUGAAUGGUUACGCUUCACUGCAGGACGAGCUGCUGUCCCCUGCCUCCCUGCAUUACACACUGCCAUCCCCGCUGCGUGCCGACCAGUACUGGAAUGAGGUGGCCAUCAUGGAUGCUAUCCCCAUGGCUGCCACUGAGCAGGAUGCCCUGAUGGAGAUGUCCGACAUGCAGGUGUGGUCCUCGGGGCUCACCCCCUCGCUGGUGACUGCUGAGGACUCCUCUCUGGAGUGCAGCAAGGCUGAGGACUCGGAUGCCACGAGCGAAGGCCGGUUCCCAGGGCAACUUCUAGCAGAUGCUCAUGGCCCGGACCACAUGGGCUCUAUGGACCUGGUUGAGGAUGACACAGUGGACUCAGAUGCCAUGAAUGGCCUGAUUGACCUUCUAGAGCAGGAGGAGGGGCAGAGGCCAGAGGGGAAGAUGCCAUCUGGUGAUCAUCAACCAGGGACUGGGGAGCAGGACCCGGAGAGUGAAGUCUCUUUUGUUUCAGUUCAGGAGAAGGUGCAAACCAGGAUCAUGACAUCACCUACCUUUAGCCAUGAUGUGGAGAAGAGUGCAGACAGGCUGAGGGACUGGAAUGCAGAAGGCUCCUUUAUCUCCUGCCUACAGGACCUGACAGCGGGCUCCUGGCAGGAGGGAGUCACCCGAAGGCUGCUCCCAACGCACACCACAGCCUCUGGGGCACAGGGCCAGCAGCAAGAGCAGGUCCUGGUGCCAGCCACGGAGCUGAUGCGGAUCAGCUCUGCAGAGGACAGCGACUGGCAGCCUCAGCACCCCACAGGCGGCUGGCAGGAGGAGGCCGACAGCCGCUUCUUUGGGCAGGGGAAUGAAGCCCUUCAUCUCCCUGGAGAGCAGGUGACCGAGGAGCAGUUCACAGAUGAUCAAGGCAAUAUCAUCACCAAGAAGAUUAUCCGGAAGGUGGUGCGUCAGCUGGGCCCUGGUGACAUGGGUGACAGGCAGGAACAGGAGGAGCUGAUUCUGGAGGGCUCCCUACAGGAGCCCCAAGACCUGGAGGCUGAGGAGGAUCACUUCAUGAAAUACUCCAUCUUGCACCGGGAUGGUCUGGGCGCCAAGGAGGAGGUGCGAGUGCGUGUCCCGAAACCAGAGGUCUCUGGGGGCAGGAUGGGGGCUCAGAUAGUGAAACGAGCCAGCCUGAAAAGGGGGAAGCAGUGACCCCUCAAAUGGCCUCUUUUGAGGAUCGCACCUCAACACCAAACCACUGAACUUCACACACGUUCUGACACAUACCUGAGGAGAGAGGAGAGGAGAGCAGAGAGUGGAGGGGAGCAGGGCUGGCUGUACAUGUUUCUAUAGGCUAAUGGCAUGAUUUCUGUAUGAGAUAUACUUACCGUCCUAUCCGCAUGACUGACUGACUGCAAGACGCAUGAGCUACAGUUCUUAAACCAGACGAGGGGCCUCCAUCCUUGCCCCGCUGCUGCCAGGAGCCCAGAGACAGCACCACACACCAGGGGCAUGCUCUCAGCUCCUUUGGGAGGCAAGAGCUGGAGCAGAAGGAAACGAGAGGGAAAGGAGAUUCCAUCUCCGCGUGUGGAUGCAUCCCCACGUCUGUGCUCCAGCUGCAAGAGGAAAGCUGGGACAGCAUGGCACUGCUCACCGUGGAAGGAGAGGUGCUUGGCCCCCCCGCAAAUGCCUGUGCUGCCUCUGCUGGACUUGCUUCUCAUCCCUCCCUGUGAGUGUUGGGUUUUGGGGGGGGCAGCAGUGGCCAGAGGGUGCAAGGGGAGGCUGCAGGGAGCACAGCUGCCCUGGGCAGAGGGACUGGUGCAGGGCUGCCCUUCCUCUCCCCAGCACGUGCAAAGUCUCCCGUCAGGGCAGAGCUCUGGGCUGAGCACUGAGCUCGUUGCUUAUGUUGAAAGUGUAAACUGUACAGCAAUCAGCCUUGUGUAUAUGAACCAAUAAAUACUAUGCAAACCCCUAGGGACACUCUAGCAGUAUGUACAAAGCACUGACAGCUCUGCUCUCAUAUACCUCUUCAGGCUGCAGGAUGGGCAAAGCCUUUGGAAUAUGUGAGCAGCUCUGGUGAAUGGAGCAGGAAGGCAAUAGGAGUGAGAGGGCAGCAGCCUGCCCAUGUCCUGUGCCCCUCUGCCUGAGCCUGGCCCCUUGCUGGCCUGAAGAGGGGGGGCUAGAGGUGCAGUCCCAUGGUCCAGCCCCAGUUUGUGUUGGCUCCAGCUGGCUUGAAGCUGUAGGCCUGCCUUGAGGUGCUUGGGGCCCAGGGAGGAUGUGCAGUGAGAGAGAGCAGGAGGUGCUUGUGCCACACGUGGGGUUGUGCCUAGCUCUACUCAGCACAAUAUCUGCUCAGGAGAUGAGCCAGGAGCUAGCAAUAGCCAGCAAUACGCACCCCAGGCAAGGGCUUUGCAGGGACCCUGGCCUCCCUGCAAGGGGGGCUCAUCGCCCUGGAUACUGACUCUCCCGGGACCAAACCCAGAGACAUGGGAGCUGCAUUUUCUCCAGGUGGAACCUGCCUGAGCCCUGGGGGCUGGGGCAGCCUCGGCCCGGCUGCUCUGGCAGGAGCAGAGCUCAGAGUUGGGCAGCACGUUGACCCCGUUGUAAUACUUGACCCCAGGAGCGCAGGGAGAAGGUAGUGGCACUUGGUCCCAGGUCCUUGACCCUGUCCUUGACCCAGCUGAUGUGGGGACCUGGCCUUUGUAGCACAGUGUUGUGGGGACCCCCUGCUCUUUCUCCUGGACGUGGCCACGAACCUGCUUGGCAGAGUCUGAGCUGGUUCUCUGCGGCCAGGUGCAGAACAAGCGCCCCUCCAGCUUCAGGCUAUGUGGUGGUGGCCUUGGCAGGGCAGCCCUGCCCUUCAGCGGGUGCACGUCUGCUGGGAGAGCCCCUGGCUGCCCUGCGGCCAAGAAGCCUCGCUGCAGCCGAGCGACUGACCCAGCUUAGCUUUGGAGAGCAAAGCAGCCCCCUCCCCACCCCGAAGUUGAGCCAUAGAGGCACAGACUCUCCAUCCAUCACCCUUGCUGCGUACAAUAACCUCCCUAGACCCACUGCAACAGCUGACUCCGUAGCAUCACCCUAGAGUUGUGUGUGGGUCCAGUGCUUUGGCCUUGUGUAUGCCGUAGGGAAUGUGCUGUGCUGCAACCGUGCCAGGCACCUGCAGUGACAUUGCUUCGCGCUCAGAUUGCUUGUAGGGCUGGUAGGGGGAGGCUGCACCCAACAUUGAGCCUAGAGAAUGCUGCAGUCUGCACACUAGAAGCUUUUUAGAAGUUUUAAAAAUUACUUUUAUUUUCUUUUUUUAAUUGUUAUGGAAACAAGCCUUUUGGAUCUCCCUGUCUUAGGCCCUGAUGUAUAGAUCAUUUCCCUGUACACCAGCUAUCAGACUAUGAAUUAAUAAAUAAAUCAACACAAA